CGUUACCAUCCUUAUGCUAGUCAGAGCACACGCAAUGUCAGCAGGGGACAUCUUCCUAGCAGAAAUCAUUUGCUGGAGGCAGCAGCAAGUCCUGAAAACAGAGAGGACAGUCAGUUGGUUUCAACAUUGCAAGAUAUUGUGACACAAAUGGAUGAAGAUGAAAUGCGCCAAGUUUUGAAAAGAGCUAUAGAGGCAGAACCAGAUUUCAUAAGAUCUUACAUCCAAGGUUCAUUACAGUAUGAAAACUCCAGUUCAGAAAUUGCAUGGUGUUUAUGUGGAGGAUGCAAAGUAUUUGAGGAUCCUCGCAUGAACCUAUGCUGUUGUCAAUCUCCAUGCAUUACCACAAAACCAGAGUUUAGAAAUCUGUGUUUGCGGCAUGAUGUGCUAGAGAUUGCCAACAUUCUGAAUUGGAGUUUUCAUACUAAUCUUGAACCUUCGUUUGCCCCCUCUACCUUCCGGAACCAGGCAUAUCGUAAUUUUGUUUUGUGGCAGCAUGGUCCUCUUGGAGCAGGAAGGAGAGUUCCAGUGCCAUCUUGUGUGACUGUGGCAGUUAGGAGGAGGUUUCCCCAACUAGAUGGAGCGUACAGAGGCUAUCAUUCAGCUAAUUCAGACUCUGAAUAA